GCUUGCCAGGAAGGCGCUUAUGCCACUGAGCUACAUCCCCGGCUCACGCGUUUAGUUUCUGUUGGUUCUGAGCUUAUUCCAUGCUCAGCAGAAGAACUGCGAUUGUCUUUCCCUGGUUUGUAGGGGAUGACCAAGACAGUGAGAAGUCCAAGCCAGCAGGCUCGGAUGGUGAGCGGCGAGGGGUGAAGAGACAGCGGGAUGAGAAAGAUGAGCAUGGCCGCGCCUACUACGAGUUUCGAGAGGAGGCGCACCACAGCCGUUCCAAGUCACCACCACCUCCUGAGGAAGAGGCAAAGGAGGAGGAGGAAGAUCAGACUCUCGUGAACCUGGACACGUGUAUGUAUAAGACAAAAAGGUUGGGGGUUUUAAGUACUCUGCUAAAAGGAAUUUUGGGGAUUAGACCUGGCCUGCAU